AUGAACCCCUCUAACAAAACUGAUAAGGCACAAUUGUGCAAGGCGCUCCUAAAGUACAGGCGUGACCUCCAGGACCGAGACUUCGUACAGACUCUUCGGGACGAAGUCACGCUAGAUCUUCACGUGAACACCCAGGCGAAGAUGCAGACUGCGCAACAGAUGGUCCAGAAGAACCCCGCUCAAGUAGUCCACCCCCGCGUCUGGGUCGUGCGGAUGAUCCCUGAGCCCGUCCCGAUCAAGAACCUCGGCACCCCAGGUGGCCCUCAAUCGGCUGCCCAAUCCACUGGCCCAUCAUCUCCCGCUCCUCAAGCUCCUGCUGCCGAUGAUGAACCUGACAACCUCGGCGCUCCUCUAGCUCAUGCUGCCGAUGAUGGAAACGACAACCUCGGCACCCCUGGUGGCCCUCAUUCGGCUGCCCCAUCCACUCGCCCAUCAUCUCCCGCUCCUCAAGCUGCUGCUGCAGAUGAUGAACCCGACUCUGACUGGGUCCAGCUAGACAAUGAUCUUGCAUCUGACUGGGUCUCUCUUGACUUGACUUGA